AUGCACUUACACCUCCAUAUUCAAGAAACUAUUCUCGAUUUUGGACCAGUAUAUAGUUAUUGGCUCUUUGCAUUUGAGAGAUACAAUGGCCUACUCAAGAAUAUCAGCACAAAUGGCAAGGACGGUUUUGAAGCCACAUUUAUGAGAUGCUUUAUUGAAGAUAUAUACAAAAGUGAUUUUGUUAAUUCUGCUCUCACAUGUUCCACUCAAGCUCCCUUUCUUUCUGUUCUUUCCAAACUUGUCUGUUCAUCCACACCUGUUCUUAUCUUGCCAUCUGUCUCCUCCACAAUUGUUCAGCCACCGUUCGUUUUGCAAGCUUUUGUGGAUUCUUCUGAAACUACCAGAAUUCCUAUCUUAGGCAACAAACCUCUCUCACCUACAUCCUUCCCACUUUCAGUUAGUAAACCUUCUUCAAUGGGUGAUAUUGAUUAUCCCCAUUUGUUGGAAUACUACAAACUCGCGUACCUCACUCCUGAUUUCGUCCAUUAUCAAAAUGCUGCUGCCUCUUCAUUCUUUGUUGACAAUCAGAUUAUAAAGUUAAAAUCAAUCAAUAUUCUUGGCCAAGUGUACUAUGGCAAUAAUGGCACCACUGGUCGUGGAUCAUAUGUCCAAUCAUUGUUUCUUGGCAGUAAUAGAAGUACAAAAACAACCUUCACUUGUCAAAUCAAGUAUAUCUUCAUUCAUUCAUUUACUCCUCCUCCAAUGUUGCCCUACUAUGAAGCCGAUUCCACUCAUUAUUAUCAACAUGUAUUUGCAUUUGUCAACUGGCUUCCAUUACUUGGAGAUAAAUCAUGA